GUAACAUGCAAAUUCAAAGAAUGAGACAACAGUUAAUGAUAGAAAAAAAGUGCACCUUGCUUAAAUGUCUAGUGCUUUCUCCAAAUGAUGAAAAAAGGAUGUGCUUGGCGGAAGGCUUCUUCACAGACUGCAAGCUUCAAGUACACUUCCUAUCUUCUUCAACGAUUUUCAUUACUAGUAAAAUAUAAAUCAAAAUGUCAUCCCGAAGUGCAAGCGCGGACUGGAGAAGGACUUCUGGUUUGGUGCAAUUACAUUUUGGCACCGUCUGUGGGAAUCGAACUGAAAGCUUUCUGGUUGCUCUUUCAUCAUGGUUCACACUCGAUCAGUCCGAGCUGGUAAUUCAUCUCUGCCUCAUGGCCAAGGUCAACCCCCCAACAGCCUCCCAUCCCUGAUCCCACCUCAAAUUCCACCUCAGCUGCCACCUCAGCUUCCACCUCAGGCCCCAAUUAUGUUCCCUCCUGUUGAUCAUGCAGAAGGAGGAGAUGAAAAUCAACCUCAUGUCUCAGCUCACAAUUCAACUUCCACUACCAAUCACGAUGUAGUGACAGCUCAGCUCGCUGCCAUGCAGCAGCAGUUUGGUGUUUUUCAGUUGGUACUAGCUCAGCUUUUAGCUAGAAAUAAUCCUGGUGAUCCCCUCAUUAAUUUACUAAACCCUGCUCAACAACCCCCAGCUCCACAACAGAAUCCCCAACCAGCUCAACCUGCUCCCGCUGUUAGUGAAUCUCAGGAUCAAUCCCACAUAGCACCCGCUCAGCAACCCAUCCCUGAUGAUGUUACUCGCCGCCUUGAUAGCUUUGAAAAGCUGAUAGCUGAACACCGAGAUCCUCCACCCCCACGCCAUGCUACUGAUUCCAUACCUCAUCCCUUGAAUACCAACAUCACAUUGGAACCCUAUCCUACUGGCUUCAAAAUACCACAACUGGAGACUUAUGAUGGGACGAAGGAUCCCGACGAUCACCUGCAUGCUUUUUACUCUUGCAUGCAAGCACAGAAUGCCUCUAACGCGUUAAUGUGCAAGAUCUUCCCCUCUACUCUGCGAGGUAAUGCUCGAACUUGGUAUUAUAGUCUACCUCCGAGGUCGAUCAGUUCUUACACAGAAAUGGCAUCUGCAUUUGCCACUAAGUUUUCCAGUAGAAGGUUGAUUAGGAAAACUACUACUGAAUUGAUGCGAGUUAAACAGAGGGACGGAGAGUCUCUAAAGAACUACAUGAGCAAGUUCAAUGAUGCGGUGUUGGAGGUUAAUUCCUUCGACCAAGCUGUAGGCAUUGCAGCUGUAAUCUCUGGUCUCAAACAUGAUAGGUUCAGAGACAGUUUGAUCAAACAUGCUGCCACCACCAUUAGCGAGGUGAAUGAUCGGUCUCUUAAAUUUAUAACCGCUGAGGAGUAUGCCCUGGCACAAAACCCACCCCCUUCUAAAAACCCAGAAUGGAGAGACGACAAUCCAAGCCGGAAAAGGAUGAGGAUGGCGCAAAACCGAGGUCCGAUGUUGACCUCCCCACCGAGAUUCGGAAGACAGAACUCAACACCCCAGCAACAGUCUGCAGGUAAACCUCCAGUUAAUUGGAUUCCUUUUAAUCUGCCGAGGUCACAAAUUUUUAUGCAGAUAAAGAACAAAAUGGACUUGAGACGUCCUGGCCCAAUGCGAACUGCUGCUGCUAGUCGUGACCACACCAGAUAUUCUCAGAAGGGAAUGUUGAAUGAGUAUGUCCAGAAAGCUGAACAACCGAGGUUCGUCAGAGAGCAGAGACCGCAGCCUCAAGGAGCCCGCAAUCCCCCAAAUAGGCAAGGUGUGGGAUAUCAACAAACCCCGCCUCCACUCCCACCACCGGCUAGAAUCAUACAUAUGAUUACGGGAGGCCUUGAAGCAGGUGGACUGAGCUCUAAGCAGCGAAAGCUGUAUGUUAGAGAGGUUAAACAUCAGAACCGAGCCCAGAAGCGGAAGAUCGACGAUGCUGAGUGGAAGAAUCAACCCAUUACUUUCACAUCCGCUGACCUCGACACAGUUGUUACACCCCACAAUGAUCCUCUGGUCACUUCUGUCAUGAUCAAUAACUGCAAAGUACAGCGUGUCCUUGUUGACACCGGGAGUGCACCAGACAUCAUGUAUUUCCACUGCUUCGAGAGUCUUGGACUAGACCCAGCAUUAUUGCAGAAGUAUGAUGGUCCUAUCUAUGGUUUCAACAACCAACCUGUUCCGGUAAAAGCAGUUCUUACCCUCCAUGUGGCUUUUGGGAGUGGCAGGACCUAUGUAACCCCGUCAGUCCGGUUCCUCGUCGUCAAGAUGGCCUCCUCUUUCAACAUUGUUAUUGGCCAACCCACAUUGACUGAAAUCCGAGCUGUGGUUUCCCAAUCCCACCUCUGCAUGAAAUUCCCCACUCCUAUGGGAAUCGCAACGCUGCGAGGAAACCAGGAGGUGGCCAGACAUUGUAUCACCUCGGUAACACAACCGAUGAAGGGCAAAGCUCAGACACCCGAGGUCGAAGAUGUUGAAGAAGUACUUAUUGAUGACAAUGAUCCGAGCCGAAAGACGCAGAUCGGAACUAGAUUGAACCCGGAGGAGAGAGCAGUACUGAUAGCUUUUCUCCGAGCUAACAAUGAUAUAUUUGCAUGGACUUCGGCAGAUAUGCCAGGAAUCCCAACUUCAGUAUGUCAACAUAAGCUCAGUACCAAUCCAUUGAAGAAACCAGUGGCACAGAAGCGGCGUCUCUUCGGGGGGGAGAGGCUUCAGGCUAUUAAAGAAGAGGUAGAGAAACUCCUACAAGCUGGUUUUGUCCGGAAAGUUGAUUACUGCGAAUGGGUGGCUAACCCAGUUCUGGUGCCAAUGGCUCCAGAAGAUGAAGAGAAAAUUGCGUUCUAUGCUGGCGAUGAAAUUUAUUGUUAUGUCAUGAUGCCGUUUGGCUUGAAGAAUGCAGGUGCUACUUAUCAGAAAAUGGUAACCAUUGUCUUCCACGCUCAGAUCGGCAAGAAUCUGGAAGUAUAUGUCGACGACAUUGUGGUAAAGAGCCUAAGAGCAGAAGACCAUCUCGCUGACCUUGAUGAAACCUUUAACAACCUCAGAAAAAACCGGAUGCGGUUAAACCCAGCCAAGUGUAUCUUCGGAGUGGAGUCUGGAAAGUUUCUAGGUUUCAUGGUGUCCCGAAGAGGGAUUGAGGUCAAUCCAGAGAAGAUCAGAGCAAUUGCCGAGAUGGAACCGCCGAAGUCAAUUAAAGACAUACAGAGGUUGACUGGAAGGGUGGCAGCUCUGCAUCGGUUUAUCUCCAAGUCAACGGAUAAGUCAGUCAUUCCUGUUGAAAUAGGAGUCCCAAGCUUCCGGGUCACCCAUUUCGAUGAAGAACGAAAUGGACAACUGCUUCGGGAAAACCUUGAUCUACUUGCUGAAGUCAGAGAAGAAGCUCGGCUUCAAACUCUUGUAUACAAGCAGAAACUAGCCAACUUCUACAAUAAACGGGUCCGCCCUCGAACAUUCAAAGUAGGAGACCUUGUUCUCAGAAAAGCUGGCUUAACGGGGUUUGAAACUCGUUUUGGCAAACUCGCCCCGAAUUGGGAAGGCCCUUAUGCCGUGGCCGAGGUGCCACAUCCUGGUGCCUAUGUCCUCCAAGACGCUGAAGGAAAGAGAGUUCCUAGAGUCUGGAAUGUCAAUAACUUGAAGAAAUUUUACCCUUAAUGAAAUUCCUUCAAGUGUUCUAGGUCUUACUGUUUUUUACGCUUUUCACUUAGUGUUUGUUGCAAAUCAUUUUACCCCUUAUUCUAUGUAUCUGAGGUCAAUCAGUUCAUUCACUUCUGUUAAUGAAUGUCACUUCACGUU